AUGGCAGUUCUGACGGCUGAAAUUAAUCAACUACGCACACGGGCCCAAGCUAAACGCGCUAUGGAAGUUGCUAAUCAACCAGAAGUCCCUGAACGCACUAUUCCACCGGCGGUAGCGCGAAAUCCAGUCGUUCCACCUGUUCCAAUCGAAACCGUCCCUCCUGCGACCGCCCCUGCUGCUCCAGUUGCCCCGCCUCAACCCCCAAUCCAUCCGUACGCCGCAGCUCGUGAUGGCGCUUACGCACCGCCCAAAGAACGAAAUGUUGGGAUUCCAGCGCAGAAAUCACAACCCCCACGCUCUUCGGCUCCGAUCUACAACCCCAAAGAUGCUGCAGCUGUUUUCGACGCCAUUUUGGACAUCCCUGUCACCCAGACGCUUCGCCAGACCCUGUCGAUUGCCCCAGAAGUCCGUGCUCAAUUCCGCGAAGCCACUAGUUUCCGUCGUCCCCCCUGCCAAGACUGGCGAGGCAGUGCCUCAAUUCCUGCAUCCUGUCCUGAUAGCACGCCCUACGACCUUCCAUGCUCAGGACGACUCAGAUUUGGUCGAAAAAGUGCUUCAGCACAACGAAACGAAGAUGCACGCCUUGCUGCUUUGGCUGCGGACAUUUUCCAGUCGCCUACAGCCAGACGUUGCCCCCAGACGCUUGGGUGGUCCAGAUAA